GUGGUGUGGAAGACCUUCCGAGAGUCCGUCUACCGAACGGACAAGGAUGUUCUCCUGGAGCUCUACUCGCCUUAUCGGCCGCAGCACCGGACACACUUAAUGGUCCUCGAGCUCGUGGCGGAAGCCUUGGGAAACCUGAGCACUCUGAAGGUGGCCCGAAUGGACACCGCCAACAACUACGUCCUCCCGGAGUUCGGCUUGAAGGACAAGGAAAAGGCCUCCAGCUUUUACUUCCUCGCUGUCGCCCCGGAGAAGCAUCGUCGGCCCAGGCGCCUGGCCACCAAGCUGGGUCGACCUGAGGAGCUUCCGGCGCAGCUUCUGCGCUUCGUGCACAGAGAGACUCGAAGCCAAGAGUGGGACUUUCAAGAUCGCUCUGCCUGGGCGAAUCAAGAGGCCCAGCGGCGUAUUCGGCGUCUUCGAGCCCUGGAGAAGGAUUACGAGAAGAAGAUGCAGGACGAAUGGGUCCAGAAGGAGAUGGAGGAGUUUGAGCGUUACAAGCGCUUAGGGAAGUUUGACAACUUGAACAUUUAG